AGAGAACAGCGUGUGUUCCUUCAUUCGACUACGAGAAAAGCUUCAUUCAUCAGAAAAAUGGCUUUACAAUUUCUGAAACACCCCUUAACCAUCUCACGAGGUUUGCAGAACGAGACAACCUUAACUUUUCUUUCUCGGCUACGAAAUCCGAAGCUCCCAUUGUCGGUGAGAUGCGAAGACAAUGUUCAGAUUCCAACUUCUUUCCGGAGCUAUGCUACUGCAAAAUCAGAAAAGGUUUUGCAAGUGAAGAAGAAAAAGCGGCUGGAUGAAAUAUGUGUUGAAAAAUAUCAGCAAUAUAGUAGAUCCAUCAUCCAGUCAUGGAUUUUGCAAGGAAAAGUAUAUGUGGAUGGGAAGGUGAUAAAUAAAGCUGGUACCCCUGUGCCUGACAAAGCUGUUGUGGAGAUAAUAGCUGAUAUUCCCAAAUAUGUAUGUAGAGCUGGACACAAGUUAGAAGCUGCCAUUGAACAGCUUGGUGUUGAUGUUACUGGUAAAGUAGCUCUUGAUUCUGGGCUGUCAACUGGAGGAUUUACUGACUGCUUACUUCAGUAUGGUGCAUCACAUGUUUACGGAGUUGACGUAGGUUAUGGACAGGUAGCUGACAAAAUUCGAAGAGAUGAGCGUGUAUCAGUGAUAGAACGGACAAAUUUAAGAUAUCUUGCUGAACUCCCACAAAAUGUUGAUUUGGUGACUUUAGACCUCUCAUUCAUCUCUAUUCUCUUGGUCAUGCCUGCCGUGGUCAAUGUCAUGAAGGAAAAUGCAGCUUUAGUGACUUUGGUUAAACCACAAUUUGAAGCUCGUAGAUCUCAAGUAGGAAAAGGCGGAAUAGUGAAAGAUCCUGCUGUUCAUCAAGAGGUCCUUGAGAAGAUUAUAAAGGGAGUAGAGAAGUUUGGUUUCUGUUGUAAAGGAUGGAUUGAGUCUCCUCUGAAAGGUGCUGAGGGUAAUAUAGAAUUCCUUGUUCACUUCAACAGAACCCAUAAUACAAGGGUUCCUGAAGAUCUGGAGUAGAUCAUAUAAUUUAUAUAAAUGCAUUUUUUCAUCCUUAGGAGAUGGUUGCCCGUUUCGAAGAUGUAAUAUGCGGGGGAGCUGUAUUCUUGUAUAGUGCUGAGUUGUUGUGGCAUUGAAUGAUAGUGAUCAAAUUUUGUAUGAACCAUUAAAAGAAAAGAAAAUGAUUAAUGAAUGUGAUGGAUAAUAUAAACAUGGUAUUUUAAGCAUGGAAAUGCAAUUACCAAAGCUGCAUCGGUUAAUUCCUUA